UUACUCGAUGUAUUGCUGAAGAACUAUUCUAAAUUUAAACUUUUAAAUACGGUUCUCAUUUUUUCCUAAUCGAUUUUAGCGAAUCAGAUGUGUGCCGUAUCUGUCAUGGUGUGCACGAUUAGACGGACUUUAUUUUUAUAUGGUCGUUUGUGGCGAGUGGUGUUGUGUUGUGAAUUGUUAUAAUGCAUUGUUGAUACGUUUUUAUUUUAUCAGUUUUAAUAAUACUGUUAUUUUUAUAUGGUGAUGUUUUCGGUGUCUAAAAUAUAAAUAUAUUUUUGAAAAAAUUGUGGUGUCUCAGUUUCAAUUGCAUAACCAGAACAUCAGAAUGUACGACUGUUUCCUCGAGAUAGCGUUCGAAGCGGAAUUAAACACUAAAGAGGAUCCAGAGCUGUUGGCUGUGGCACCUGAACAAUGCAACGAGAAUCCAGCUACCAGGGCAACAGCUAUCACGCAGUUGAGAAAAAUGAUUUUCGAACGCGGGGAAUGCAAACCACACCGGACAGAUGACGCAUAUCUCUUGAGAUUUCUUCGAGCGAGAAACUUUAUUGUCCCGCGCGCACAUAAACUUCUAGUCCGAUACUACACAUUCCGGGAAGAGUACCCGCAUCUGUACAAGGGUGUAGAUUUAUGGAGCCUCAUGAAGGUUAAAGACGCUUACGAAGGUAUUUUGCUGGACAGACCUGAUAUUGGUAGACUGUCGAUAUUUAGAUUUGGAACAUGGGACCCGAGUGAGUUCAAUGUGGAGGAUCUAGUUCGAGCUGGAAUGGCGAUAACUGAAAUCGCUAUACGGCAACCAAAGAUUCAGAUUUUAGGGGGAACAGUCAUCGUUGAUUUGGAAGGAUUGACACUGCGACACGUGGCGACUCUUACACCAACCAUUGCUUACCAGAUCGUGUCUUUGAUGGGGAUGUCAUGUCCAGCACGACUAAAAAGCUGCCACAUAAUCAAUUACUCCUGGAUAUUGAACACGUUCUUCUAUAUUUUCAAGAAAUUCAUACCUCAGCAAGCAUGGGACAAAAUAUUCUUCCACGGUAGUGAUUUGAAGUCACUCCAUCAGCACUUAGACCCGGCUUGUCUACCAGCACGGUAUGGGGGUACGUGUAGGAGCCAUGCGUCCACUGGAAAAUGGCUGCAGAAAAUUAAAAAAUAUCGCGACGAACAGUUCGAUAAAGAAAUGAAGGAGUUAGGUUAUGUUAUUAAGGAAUAAAUAAUGGGAAUACAGUGUUACUUUAGAUAACGAAAAGUGAUAAUACAAUUUUAUAAGAAAAUUUGAUGCGGCAUCAUGUUUGUAAAAUAGUACGAACUUUUUAUAAUAAUAAUUAUGUAAUAAAACUAAGCUGUGAUUGUAUUUAAGUGAUUUUUACAAGCGGUGGAUCGUAUUUGA